AUGCAUCCUAUGCGUGCGCUCUUCCUCAUUCCCAGAAACCCUCCUCCCAGGCUCAAAUCUAAAAAAUGGUCCAAGAAGUUUUUCAGUUUCAUCGAGGGCUGCCUGGUGAAGAACUACACGCAGCGCCCGCCGACGGAGCAGCUGCUCAAGCACCCCUUCAUCCGAGACCAGCCCAAUGAGAGGCAGGUCCGCAUACAACUCAAAGACCACAUCGACCGGACCAAGAAGAAGAGGGGAGAGAAAGAUGAGACCGAGUAUGAGUACAGUGGCAGCGAGGAGGAGGAAGAGGACCCCCCAGAGCAGGAGGGAGAACCCAGCUCCAUUGUCAAUGUGCCAGGUGAGUCAACUCUGCGCCGCGACUUCAUCCGCCUGCAGCAGGAGAACAAAGAGCGGUCAGAGGUGCUUCGCCGUCAGCAGCUCCUCCAGGAGCAGCAGCUCCGUGAGCAGGAGGAGUACAAGCGCCAGCUAUUGGCCGAGAGGCAGAAACGCAUUGAGCAGCAGAAGGAGCAGAGGAGGCGGCUGGAGGAGCAACAACGACGCGAACGGGAGAUGAGGAGGCAACAGGAGCGUGAGCAGCGUCGCCGGGAGCAAGAGGACAAGAGGCGUGUUGAAGAGAUGGAUCGUAGACGCAAAGAAGAAGAGGAGCGCCGGCGGGCCGAGGACGAGAAGAGAAGGAACGAUCGUGAACAGGAGUUCAAGUGGCGAGAGCUGGAGGAGCAGCGAAAGGCCGAGCGACUCCACAAGCGCCUGCAGCAGGAGCAAGCCUACCUGCUGUCGCUCCAGCACGAGUCCAAACAGCAGCCUGGCGACAAGACCAAACUCUCCUCAGACCAUAGCAAACCCCCACAGACCUCCACCCUGCCCCCCGACAGAGUCCUCACCACAGUCCCUCAAGCUCAGGUCCUCGAUAGUGCUCUUACUGUAGCGAGAGGCGCCCCAGAGUCCCCCAGAGCCCCUCAGGCGGUCCCCUCAGACAGCGUUAAACCCCAGGCAGCAGCACCAGAAAAGACUGACAAUGCUGAGACGCGUCCCGACCCGCACCCAAACCCCCCAAGCCCCAGCCUCUCUCAGACUGAACCCCCAGCUGACUCCCAACCACGUGAGGCAGAAAGUUCGGAGCCUGAUAGGCCUGCCCAGCCUGUCAGUCAUCCUCCGCAGCCUGUCAGAGAGGUGAACCUCCUCCUCGGCUCUGCCUCCCCGCUGCCUGCUCUUUCCAGCUUCCUCUUGCUUGUCUUCACUCAGUCUCAGUGAACGCGAUGGAGGUGGUGCGAGCACCAAAUAAUGUCUUUCUUUAUCCCAAACCGUCACCGUCUGCCAGUCCAUUUUUAAAUGAAACAAGUGGGGGGCGUGGUGGAGAACGGGGGAAACCACAGGCUCGCAACCACCAGCAACCAGCGUCUUUAUGUCCUGAAUAAACCCGAGCUGUUCUCCUCCACUCUUCUCUUGGCACUCGCGCUCACUUGCACUGUCGCUCGACUCCUUGACUACUAAAACCAUGACGAUGUUGGAAAUGUUUUCAUCUUACUUUUCACUUUGAGCCGGCUAAGCAAGGGAAAGAGAAAUAAUGGAUUUGUAAACAAGAUUCCAGUCUUUCUUCCAUGUUCUUAAGAUAAUUUUCUAAUAAUUUAUUUAUCAUUUCCCUCCAUAAAAAUAAAGAUGAUUCCAUAGGAUUUUAUUAUUUUCUUUUUUCCAUAACUUCACCUUUUCAUUUGUCAUUUGAGUCCUUCUCAAAGCAAUACAGAACAACAAGCGUUGGGAAUUUCUCUUAAUCUUGGACGCAGACCCGUAAACUUCUUUCAUGUGGUUGUUUACACUCUGAAUGUGUGUGUGGAUCGGGGCCAUUGCAUGUGGAUGGCUGAGGCCCAAACACUAACAUGCAGGACACCCCAAGCAGCAUCUCCCGUCACCAGCUGUUCCGUGUCAUUAACAAUGAUCUUUCCUUCCCAUUUAUUAUUCAAAUUCAAAGGUGUAUUUUGCAGAAAGCGUACCGUCUCCACCUCUUGUCUGUCCACACAUAACUGUGUCUGUACAGCUUCAAGCAUGUGUAAUACCAUUGUCACCAAAUGUCUUUAUUGUUUAUUAGAAAUGAAGGUUUCUGAUUGCGACAGGA